UGUUACCUCCCGCAUUUCAUAAUAAAGACUUAGAGGAUACAGCAGCAUUUUCUAACCCGAAAGAGGAAAAUUUAAAUUUCCUCUGAUGAUAAGCAGGAGUUGCAAAAUGAAUUCUCUUAUUCACUGUUUUUUAAUCAUUUUAUGUCUCAAUUUCGAACACGCAUUUGGUCAUGAGGAAGAUGAAUAUACAGUACAAUAUACAGUAGAAAAUUAUGCUGAAGAAUUACCUAAGAGAAAUCAUUUCAUAAUGUUUUAUGCACCAUGGUGUGGCCAUUGUCGAAGACUAGCUCCCACUUGGGAGCAACUUGCUGAAAUGCUUAAUGAAGAUGAUAGUAAUGUGAGAAUCGCAAAAGUUGAUUGUACUGUGGAUAAGAAAAUAUGUUCUGAUGAAGAUGUUACUGGGUAUCCCACAUUGAAGUUCUUCAAAAAGGGUAAUUCAAAUGGGGAGAAAUUCAGAGGACCUAGAGACUUGCCAACAUUAACUACUUUUAUAAAUGAACAACUAAGAGGAGGAGAUGAAGAAUCUGAUACAUUGAAAGCUGCUUUGAAAAAGGCAGAGUCAGCUUCUUCCAUUGAACUGACAGAGGAGAAUUUCGAUAGUCACGUGAAACAAGGAAAGCAUUUUGUUAAGUUUUAUGCACCCUGGUGCGGUCAUUGUCAACAAUUGGCUCCAAUAUGGCAGGAGGUGGCCAAGACUUUUGAAUUUGAUUCGUCACUGUCUAUUGCCAAAAUUGAUUGCACCAAACAUAAAUCUGUUUGUACACAGUAUGAAAUAAAGGCAUAUCCCACUUUAUUAUGGAUUGAAAAUGGAGAAAAGGUUGAAAAGUAUCAAGGGUCUAGAACUCAUGAAGAACUAGUCAAUUACAUCAAGAAGAUGUUAGAUCAAGAACAAGCGACAACCAAAGAGAAGCCAGAGGACAAAAAGGAAAAGUCUCCCCCAGCUGACAAGAAAGAGAUUGAAUUAACUGCUGAAAAUUUCAGAAACACUAUCCAGACUGGCAUCACAUUCAUCAAAUUUUUUGCACCUUGGUGUGGACAUUGUAAAAGCUUAGCCCCAACAUGGGAUGACCUCAAUAAGAAGUACGAGCCAACGGAAAAUAUUAAAAUAAUGAAAGUUGAUUGUACUGCUCAAGAAAAUAAAGGCUUGUGCAAUGAUGAAAAGAUUGAUGGUUUCCCCACAAUGUAUCUCUAUAAAGAUGGUGAAAAAAUAUCGGAAUAUACGGGUAGUCGUUCCUUAGAAGACUUGUCUGAUUUUGUUCAAGGCCAUGUAGGACAUGAUGAGUUGUGAAGCUCCCUUCAGUAGAACAGCAUGUGUGUGGUGUGUGUGUGUGUGAUUUUUUCGUUGAAUUCCCAAAUAAAUUCGAUUUCUGAAUGGUGUU